CCCUAAGCUUAUUCUUCUUCUUCUUGUCGUCGCUUCUUUCUCUCAGCACUCAGAAAAAACUCUAAGCCUCGGAGAAGAAGAAGAAGAUGACGGUAGAAGCAGUAAACCCUAAGGCUUACCCGUUAGCUGAUGCUCAGCUAGCGAUAACGAUUCUUGAUCUUGUUCAACAAGCUACGAAUUACAAACAGCUUAAGAAGGGAGCUAAUGAAGCUACAAAGACAUUGAACCGUGGUAUCUCUGAGUUCGUUGUUAUGGCUGCUGAUGCUGAGCCUCUUGAGAUUCUUCUUCAUCUUCCUCUUCUUGCCGAAGAUAAGAAUGUGCCGUAUGUGUUUGUGCCAUCAAAGCAAGCCCUUGGAAGAGCAUGUGGUGUAACAAGGCCUGUUAUCGCUUGUUCGGUUACAUCAAACGAGGCUAGUCAGUUGAAAACUCAAAUUCAGCAGCUCAAGGAUGCAAUUGAGAAGCUCCUCAUCUAAUAAUACUUUUGGUGGUUAUGAAUGAAUGAAUGAAUGAUGGGUCUCUCUCCGUUUACGGUGUGUGGCUUUGACUGAAGUGGAGUUUUGUGCAUCUUUUUUAGCUUAUGAGAAAAAAACAAAAACAUGAACUAUUCCUAUCCCAUUUUGAUGAUUUGUAGUGCUUUUAUUUAUUUGAUAUUUUGUGUUGGUGCUAAUGCAUCUCUGAACAACAACAAUCAUUUUGAAAUUGAGUUUCUUAGAUUUUGGUUGUU